UGCUCUUCUCGUGUAUAAAAUCUCUUCCUUUUUCAACUUACACAUAUAUAUCUCACUUCCCAUUCAAAACCCUGUCCCCCCCCCAUGGGAUUACAAAGCCAGCUAAACGAAGUGUCAUCCGAUUCGAUCCCUCUUCUCCUCGUAGCCGUAAUCGCAAAGUGCAUCGGCUAUCUCCGGAGUCUCCUCUUGGGUUUCCUCCAUGCGAUUGGUCUUUUCCCUUGCCCGGACCAGCCCACCGCCAUCGACGACGUCGGACUCAUAGGGUCCGGCCUCGCCACCCUUGUGGUACUUGCCGAGCAGCUCAACUUAAACAAGGCUUUCGCCUACGAAUAUUGCGGAGGCAAGGGCUCCGAUUGCAUCGUGUGCUUGUGCGGGCUGAGAGAUGGGGAACAGGUGAGGAAACUGGAUUGCUUCCAUGUAUUCCAUAAGGAUUGCUUCGAUGGGUGGCUGGAGCAUCUCAAUUUUAAUUGCCCGCUUUGUCGAUCCCCUCUGAAAACCGAUAAUCAGAGCGAGGGGCGUAGGCGCGUUGGUCAAGAUUUGUUCGCCUGGUUUUCUUUGGCCUGAGAUUUUGGUGAUUCGGAAUUUUAGAAACUUUGGUAUUUUCUUUCAACAAUUGUUUUGAGAUCUUUGACCUUCAACUUUCUUUUUCCAUCUAGUUUUUUUUUUGAAGGAUCUUCUUUUUCUCCUGUAUAUGCUCUUUUUUAGUAUUUAUUUUUGUACAAUAAGAAAGUAGUUAUCUUGGUCUACAAGGAGGUGGGUUAUUUAUUUA